GUACAAGUCAGUAUUUUGAUAGUUACUCCUUUGGACAGGUAGAACACAUGUAUAUCAGUCAUGUAGCCAUUUUUUGUCCGUUGUGUGUUGAGAACUGCUUAGGGCCUGGAUGAAGGCUGUUACUUUGGCUGCCAUACGCAUUUCUGGCAUUUGGAUCAGAGUCAACGUCCUGGCUAGCAGGAGGGACUCUGGCUAUUAUGAUAAACAGGACAGACUGCUAGUGCAAAAAAAUACAAUAUUUCCAGAGGAUUUUGUUUUCAAACACUUGUGAGGACAGGGAAAUGAAGAGAAAGACAGGCAGCUUGACAAAACUGCUAGGGGAGAUGCUGAGUUCUUCACUGCUCCUCCCUGCCCCUCCAAGUCCCACUCUCUCUUGUUUGGAAGGUGGAAAAUAGUGGUUAAGAUCUGUGAUCUGUAUUCAGCAGGGUAUGUUUGACCUGGGACUUCCUAUUUCUCAAGGGAGCACUGUCAGUGGUAAUCACUAACUAUUCCUGGUCCAUUACUCUUAGUAAUAUCUUUUGGUGCUCAAUACUUAAAUAUUUAGUGAAACAGAGAGUGGAAAAACUACUUAGUCAUAGUAAACGGGGCCAUCUCCAGGGCUGUGAGACUCCUGAGGUCCCCUUUCUAGGGAAUAUGUCUUAAUUUUGUGCAAAGCUGUAAAGCCUCAGUGAGAGAGAUCGCAAUACGCCUGCUCCCAUUCUACCUGUGGCUUAAGUACAUGAUACUUGUGGUAGUCUGCUGUCAGGUGACAGUGCAGGAACUCCUGUAGGAGAGGAGGUUAUUGAACCUGAGACUUCCAAACUUUGGGUGAGUGAUCUAAUGCUGGAGAGAAGAAACCGUGCUCCUGUUCAGUGUUGUCCAUUUUUUUGUGACUCCGAACCUUCAUUUCUUGUUUUUCUUGUUCUGUUCAGUGCUCACCAGAAAACUCCUGGAUUGCUUCACCCUGUUAUAUUGCUUCUCCAGGCAAAUAGAAGAGUUACUCAAGCUCUCUUUGAGUACCAGGGCUUGCAAUUGCAAGGCUUCCUUCAGUUGUCUAAAGAGACUUAAUCUGUUUUUUCUUCUUGAUCAGGCAGUCGGUAGCAGGUGCUUACCAUUAUGUUACUGCUUAUCACUUACCCAUCAGUAGUGACUAUCUCAUCACCUGAUUAAAGGAGAGCUUCAUACAUUCAAGCUGCUCCUGUGCAAAUGCAAUUCCUGGCUUUCUCAGUUCUUCUUUCCUUUCAUUGCAGCACUCAAGCCAUGCAAGCUGUCCCACCACAUCUUUGUAAAGCCAGUGAGAUCAUAGUUUUGCAACGGCACAUGGACUACUAACAACUCCUGUUCAUUUCAUGUGUGUAGGUGUUUGUGGACAGGCAUUUGAGGUGGGCCACCAGUUGUGUUGCUUUCCCAGGGAAUGCAUGAUAGCUUCUAUCAUCCUCUCCUGGGGCACCUCCUCACAACCUCCAUUCUUCCAUUUCUUUUCAGGUUAUGGUAAUCCUCUCUCACUGUACCUGCUUUAAGCCCUCCUCACUAGUUUAGUAAGCCUAGAUGCAAAGCCUUCUCCAGUGAUGCUCUUGCCGCUCUGUCACAUGGGUCCCUUCGUUCACCAACAAUUCUUUUUCCUUAAAGAGUGACCCAUGCUCAUAGAAGCCAAAGCCUGUCUUUGAUAGCUAGGUGUUGACUUGGAGGAUGCAUCCAUGUCUACCUAAGUCUUUCCUACUUACUGUCAGGAUUUAAGAGGACAGCACCCAGGCCUCCAUGCCCCCAGAUCUGUACUCAGUAUACUCAAAGUCACCUCUUGAAAAACAGGUGCUUUUGAAUGAGCAGCAAGGGUUAAUAGUCAGAGGGCCUCACAGACCUUGGCAGUCUGUCCUUAUCAUCCCAUAUCCAGGCCCCCAACAAGCCACAAAGCUCUGGAGACAUCAAGUUGACCCAGUAGAUGGGGCUUUCAUUUCCUGCAGGAAGGAGUCUUCAGUGACUGUCAGUCACCUUUGCUUCUUGGUGUGGACAUUUGGUUCAGGCUCGGCUGGCUCUCUAGACAGGCCUUGUUCCUUGUCACUAGUUCCCAGGUUACUAAAGCCAUUUUGCAACUGCAGAUCUACAUGGGGGGCAGGAGCCUCUCUUGUGCUGCUAGUUUCCCUCCACUUAGGAGUCUCUAUCUGUUGCUACUUGAGCAUAACUACUCAAAGUUUUGUCAGUUUUUCCUUGCAUUGAAGGGUUCAUGAUCUUCACUUUCAGAGGCUCUGUGAAGAUUCUGUUGAUCUCUUGUUCACCCUCACUGAUGCUACACAGUCUGCUCACCUCCUUUCCCACCUCACCACAGCUCCUUCAGCUGGCAACUCUAUACCUCAACCAGAGUACUUCUCUUUCACGAGGCUACUGCAGAGGCACCAGGUGCUCUCUGCAGCCAAACGUGGAUGACCACAUCCUUUCUUUGGGGCUUUUUCUGGAUUGAGGUCUCCAAUGUGCUAAAAAUAGUUGCAUCAGCCAUGCUGGGCACCAGGCCCCGUGGCCCAUCGCCACCAUUAUUGUAGCCUCAGUCAUGCCCACACUUUGCUGAGCAGUUUCUGGGCCCCUGCACAGCCUUGUUUUGCUAACUGCUCUCACAACUGCUACAGCUCUGUUAGUUUGUCUGUUUACUGUGCUACAUAUAAAUACCAUAGAGGAAAAAAUUAAAUCAAAAUUUUCAUGCUUUUCAUGCCAAAGUUUUUGUUAAACAUAGAGAAUCUCACAGUUAAACUUUGAUCUGAAGGAAAUCAGGUUCUGAAGUUGGGUUAUCCCAAAACUUUUUCAUUUCAUGAUAUGUCCAAUAAUGUAACAGGAGAGAAGCUGAAAACACAACUUUGACCAGGUUGUAUCAUAAAGAUCUUGGUUUGUGCAGGUCUUUAAGAGUUUGUUGCCUCUUUAAAGGACAACAGUAAUUGCCACCACUCAAAUGAGAGAGAAACAUUCUCCUUUGCAGUGUAAUUUCCUGAAGCGUGGACUUUCUCAGGGGUUCAUGUUUUUGAAAAUUCAGAUGUACUAUAUGGACUAGGUUAUCCUUGUCUAUAUGGACAAAUGCUGCAGAGCACGCUGUUGGUGAUAUGCUACUUUCUGUUACAAAAGUUGUGUAGACUUUUCCUAAUUACAUCCCAAGUAGCCACAUUUCUGCUGAUUUUGUUCUUUAGGAGGGUUUCAAGUAUUCAUUCUGGUGCAUGGCAUCUGAACCAACAUUAUACCCUUUAAAAAUAAGUAUUGCAUAUGCCAGAUUAAACAGAAUGCAAAGGGACUGCAUCUGCCCGGCUACAUGUACCCUGUCUGUAGGAUAUCCAGAAGCACCUUCUUUAGGACUGUAGGUGAGUUACUAGGUGAGAUGCAUUGAGCCAGUGGUGCAGUUCUUACGGUCCAUAUGAAAUAGGAUGAUUAAAUCUAUAAAACCUUUUUUAGUGCCUUUAUACAAAUCUAGAUGAGGUAACAGUUGAUGAUGCAUAAAAUACCACCCAUCCAGUUUCAAAGAAAGUAUUGCAGAUCUAAACAGUAUUGAGAAGACAGUAAUGACAAACUCAAAUGAAGAGGGAUCAAAAAGAUUGUGAUUAUAAUCCAAAGAAGAAAAUUAAUAAAAGUAAUUUCAUAAAAGUCUGUAAAAUAUUAUGAAUUCUUGAGAAGCAAAUGAGAGAGCCUCUGGUUACAUAGGAACAAGGUAUUCAGUGAGAUUGAUCAUAUAUUUAAACCAGUAAAGGGAUGCACAGGUAAUCAGCAUGCAUUGGGAAGAGUAAUACAGUACCUGUGUGCAGGUCUGAGACCUUUCUAAAUAGCAGCAAUGAGACUGAGUGUGCUGUGGCAAGGCAAAGAAAAUUGUGGGGGGACUCUAUAAACUGGCAGGUGAAAUUCUGUGUAGAUAAAAAGUGAUGCUCAUGGUGUGUGUUUGGGGAGGUGGGGGGAGAACAGUUCUAAUUUCACAUAUAUGAUAGUGAUCUAUGAGCUGACAGGUAUCACUGAUAAGAGAGACCAUGAUGUUAUGGAAUAACUUUGUGAAAACACAGGUUUGAUACUCAACAGCUUUCAAGAAGGUGCUCAAAUAUUAGAAGUCAUCAGGAAAGCAAUACAGGACAAAUCAGAGAUCACUGUUGUAACCCUUGAUCAGUUGGGGGAGGCUUUUCAGAGUUCUCAUAGUAUACCUGAGAGAAAACUUUAGACUGAUCUGAGGUGGACUGAGUAUCAGUUGGCCUUGUUGUUGCAAAGAACGUGUGUUGGUCAUAGUGUGAUGGGUAUAGGCCAUCUCUGCCAUGUACUCUUAAAAGAGCUUGCUAUAGGGAGAGGUUUUUUAGGAUUUAACUAUUAUUUUCUCUAUAUGCAACCUUCUGCCAUGGUUCAGAUAGAGAUAUGAGCACUUUUAUUCACUCUGUCCUGGUUGUACAACCCACCUUUGCCAUGCAGCAGCAGAAACAGUCCGUGUUGAUGCACAUCUUAGGACAGCAGAGCUAAGCAGCUGGGGAAUUAAUUGAAAAGUUGUUUUUUUAAAUUUGUGGAAGUAUCUUCUAUAGAAAGCACACAAGUCAAAAUUUUCAGCUUGCAUUAAUUUUUACAGCAGAGUUAGAGUAGCAGAACGUGAUUGAUAUGGAGAACUAAGGCUGAGAAGAAAAUUUAAACUUGGAGGGGAAAUUAGACAUAAACAUUCUUAUACAGAUAAUGUGAUGAACAACAUACAGUAGUAUAGUGGAGGUGUUCUGUGUCCUGAAGGUCUUCUGUGCUAAUGUAGGUCAGGUUUUGGACAAUAACCUCUUGGCUUUACGAGUCUUUGUUCAGGUCUGCUAGUUACAUCACUAAUGUGCAGUACAGAAAGCAUUAUACUUUUCCUCUGUCAGUGACACCCAGCCUUCAGAAACAUAUUCCCACAAAUAUUAAGUGAAAGUCAUCGAGGGUUUAGCAGCUUGGUCUUAAUUAUUUAUUUGAAAAUAGAGAGAGGCUAUGUUUUUCCUAGAGUCUCUCUCCCAUUGCAGGAACUGAUGCUGGGCUGUUAUGCUCAGCAAGCAUUUUUUUAGCUUAGUCAGCUGCAGCCCAUUGAUUACGUCUCGAUCUCCUCGUGGCUCAGACUGCACUGCAGCAGUUUGCAGUGCCUUGCUGAAGAUACCGUGUAAGUGCAAGGGUGGCUCUGUGAGUCAGUGGGCAGAAAGAUGUUGUAAGCAGGACACUGCAUAGCCUGUUUAGACGAGCAUGAUGAGGGCUGCAAAAAUGUGUCAGCUAAUUGGGAAAAAGAUACUUAUUUUCCAAAUAUCUAAAUGUCUAGUGCUAAAAAUAAACUUCGCUGCAGUGAACAAGGUAUUAGAAGAGUAUGGUAUGUUUUUCUAGUAAGUAGUUUUCCCCUCAGUGGAAAAUGAGCUAUAAAAUGACACAAAGGACAUUAACUCCUACAUUCUAGGACCCCAAAUAUCCAAACAUAGAAGCCCAGUAGCUUUUAUACUUCCUUGUACUUGAAAUAUAUGUAAAUCUGUAAUUUUAUAUAGGACAUUAGUACUUUGCAGUCAAAUAAACAGAUUUGUGGAACUGUAGUACUCAGAAUAUUGCAUUAGCUUAGGAAGGGAUAUAAUUUUUUAAUUGAGCUUAGUAUUGUGAAAAGGUAAUUGGAUAAAAGGCUGAAAAAGCACGGCAUAGUCACAUUGGCUCACACAGAGAUGGAGAAAAGGGAAAAAAAAUUGAUCUAUGUCUUUAAAAAUAUUGCACAUUUCAUGUAUUACAGAAAUGCCAUUUCUGUGCGAAUGGGUUAGUUAUAAAACACAUCAUCGUGAAAAUUAUGUAAAGGUUCUCGUUGUUACUUUCCUUGUUGGAGUUGCAAAUUUGGUCUUGAGAAGGGAGUUCAUGUUCUGCUUUAAAACAUUACGACUACAGAAAGCCAGUGCAGUUGAAAUUAAAUGUAUGAAAAGCAGACCAGCUGAUGAAUUUGAAAAUCUGUUAGCAAGCAGUGACUCUUGAUUCUUGUUAUAACUAGCCUUUUCUCUGCUUUCUCCUCCUGGAAGCCCCGGUUCAGUGAGGGUGACCUCACAUCAUCUAUAUCAGGUGGUUGUUGUUUUUAUUUUAUGUAGCAGCUCUCUGGUUAGAGUUCUUGUGCUACGAGGGUAAGGGAAAAGUAAGGACAGCUCAGGCUCAAAUCCCAUAUAUGCCUGCAGGGAACUGAGAUCCCAUUUUCCAUUUUCAAGUGCCUUUACUGCCAAGCUGCGGGGCGGGAUGUGGUACAUCUGAAUGUGUCAUUCCUUCUGGCUGAUUCUGUUCCACUUUGAAGCUCUGAUUAUUCUUCCUACUGGACUACAGACAGUGGAACAGAAAACUAUUACUGUGUCCAGUGGUAAGGGAACAGGGGCUUCAUUCCAUGGGCAAGUGAAUGUAGAGUUGGACUGCAGGUCAAGUUUCCCCUCUAUCAGGUAAGUGCAUUUGCUGCCAGGUUACAGAGUGCCUGUCAUACACUUUCUCUCUUGGUAAUAAAUAUUCAAUUAUUCUGUUCAAAAGGGACCCUUUCCAACAUGGAUGUUCUUAGACUUGCAUCUCAAAGCACCCUGUAGUUUAGCGGUGAGAGUGUGCUCUGGAAGGAUGGAGGUGUCUUUUUCAUGUCUGUCCAAGGCAUGGAGACAUUUGAACUUUAGCUCUGCUGCAUCUCAGUGAUUGCCACGACUGUCUUUUGUCUUCUUCCUUUUGGCAGAAAAGGGCCGUCUUCUCCAUCUGACUUCAGAGGAAAAAAAAAAAAAAAAAAAAAUGAGAUGUGACUAACACUCUACAACGCACUUUAGAACAGUUCCAUUUCAGUGGUUCUCCCUGCUCUGUGUUACAGUACAUGAAAAGCUUAUCUUUCUUACUUAGCAAUUGCCAUGGUUUCCUUGGGGAUACUCUGUGCUAUUUAUUCGCCUAUAGGACCAUGCAUGUGAGAAACAAGUGCAGCUCUGAGGCCAAAAUUCUCUUGUUAAAAAUCGAAUGAUAAUUGAAUAACAGGAUUAUAGCUGGGAUAUGUAUUUGAUUAAAAAAUGCUAAUUUUUAGCCUUGUUUCUAAUGUGAGACAGGCAUCCUCAUCUCCAGCACAAAUUCUGGCACAGGAAUUACAUGAUGGUUGGUGCAUGCUAUUCAGAAAGACCUUGGUCUUUUCUGAUGUUAAAAUCCACUUAAAAUUUUGAAUUCUCCUAAAGUAAAGAAGGAAAUACGACAUUUUAACUCAUCUCCUUCAGGUCUUUUGCUUUGGAAAGAAUAGUAGGAGACUAUUAAGUAACUUUGUCAAAACUAAAUUUCAUGCAAAAUCUAUGGAAUUCUCGGAACAUUUUUAGGGAAGAGGAAUACUGAGACUCAAAUAAGAAACUCCGUUGGGUUGACUGCUUUUGAUUAGUUGAUUUCUGUUGGAAUAAAUAUCUCUUGGCUGAGGUCUUUCCUCAGUUUACUGAAUUGAGUUCUAAGGUUAUAUAAUAUAUUGUAUUAGGUCUUGCCUAUGAUCAGGAUGGCCCUUAUGUUUCCAUACUGUACAGUUCACAUCUUAAGACACAGUGACUGCUCACAUGGCCUAAAAGCAGCACUGACUUUCAUUCUGCUCUCUUUCAAACGACCAUGCUGCAUUCCACCACAGACAGUGGGGACUCCCUAUCUAUAGGUGGAACACUGCAGCAAUCGUCAGGGAAGAUGCCUGAACCUGGCAGCUGUGAAGCCCAUAAAGCUGGCAAGACAGUGGUUCUGUGGAGAUUGCUGUUCUUUUGGGCUCUUCUUUUGAGGCUGUGUUUGAUGCGUUGGCUUCCCAUCCGCUGCUCGUAACCAUCUCUGCUAUGAGUUCCUCGCAAUGUUGCUGGUUUUCGAGGAACGGUCCGCUAUGCUUCAGUGAAUGCACACAAAAACCGAGAGAUGGGUAGACAUGAUGAUCUCUGGUCCCUCUUUUACAUGUUGGUGGAGUUUGCGGUUGGUCAGCUUCCAUGGAGAAAAAUCAAAGAUAAGGAGCAGGUUGGCAUGAUAAAAGAAAAGUAUGAACACCGAAUGCUACUAAAGCACAUGCCUUCAGAGUUCCACCUUUUUCUGGAUCAUAUUGCAAGCCUAGACUACUUCACCAAGCCUGACUAUCAGCUAAUCAUGUCCGUUUUCGAGAACAGCAUGAAAGAAAGAGGCAUCACUGAAAAUGAAGCUUUUGACUGGGAGAAAACUGGUACAGAUAUCUUGUUGUCUACUAGCACCUCUACUCCACCACAGCAAAACACCAGGCAAACAGCAGCCAUGUUUGGAGUGGUUAAUGUCACUCCGGUACCUGGGGACUUGCUUCGUGAGAACACUGAGGAUGUCCUACAGGGCGAACAUCUGAGUGAUCAAGAGAAUGCUCCUCCCAUCCUGUCAGGCCGGCCAACGGAAGGUCUUGGUCAGACUCCAAACACCGCUUUCAAUGAGGCUGAAGUUUGGGAAGAGACAGAUGUGAAUCGCAACAAACUCAGGAUCAGCAUCAGCAAAACUCAGUGCAUGGUGGAAGAGGAGCAGAGAAAUGGUGUCUGCCCCAGUUCUCCUGUCCGAGUGCCUCCGGAGUCCCCUACUGCACAAGUGCGCUCCCUAAGAUACCGCCGUAUGAACAGCCCAGAGUCAGAACGCCUCUCCACUGCUGAUGGCAAAGCAGAUCUACAUGAAAGAAGAUCUCGAAUGGAUUUACCUGGCUCUCCAUCACGGCUUGUGUGCUCCUCCCAGCCAGCCCAGAUGCUGUCCAUUGAUACUGGCCAGGCUGACCGGCAGGCAAGUGGUAGGAUGGAUGUGUCUGCAUCGGUGGAACAUGAAGCCCUCAGCAAUGCUUUCCGCUCAGUGCCACUUGCAGAGGAGGAGGACUUUGAUAGCAAGGAGUGGGUUAUCAUUGAUAAGGAGACAGAGCUGAAGGACUUUCACCCAGGCGCUGAGCCAAGCACCUCUGGAACCACAGAUGAGGAGCCUGAGGAACUAAGACCUAUUGAAGAGGGUGAGGAGAGAAGGCGCUUGGGUGCAGAUGCUGCGGUCAGGCCAAAGAUGCAUGAUGGGCGAAGUCGGGGUAUGCAGCCUGUGACUGAGGAGGACAGUUCCCACAGACAUGAAGGACCUUCUCAAACAGUAUCUGACAGUAAACAUGAACAGCAGACAGGAAGUCUAGCCCACUCCCCCCUACAUUCAGCACCAGCUAUCCGACAAAGGAGACGAGAAUCUGAACCUACUGGUCCUCAGAGACAGGCAUAUAUGCUGAAGUCAUUUGAAAUGAAUGGUCUACCCAAGGUGGUGCCUUUAAGUUUGCCUUAUCAAGACUUCAGAAAAGACAUGUCAGACUACCGGGAAAAGCCUAAGGUAUCCCAGCGGAUAAAGAAAGUUGAUUUCUCAAAUAUUGUCUUGACUGCUCCUUGCAAACCUCUGGAACCUUAUCUGGAAAUGAAUGGAAAAGAGGAGGAGGAAGAAGAUGAGGAAGAAGAUGAGGAGGAGGAAGAUGAGGAGGAGGAGGCAGAGGAGGAAGGGGAUGAGAUUGACAUGCACAGUGGUUCCAGCAGCGACCUGAGUCAAAAAAGCACAGAGCGCAGCCAGGAGUGUGCACCAUCCACGCUGCUGGCUGAUGACCAGAAGGGAUCCAAGGGUCGAGCGUCCACUGCUGAUGGGGAUCUGGAGCUGGAGGAAGGCUCAAAAACACUAGUGCUGUUUUCACCAGGUGAUCUGAAAAAGUCUCCAGUGACUGCAGACUUGGCUCCAGAAGUUGAUCUGGGCACUCUUGCUGCACUGACACCUCAGAGUGAGAGGCCACAGCCUAUGGGUAGCCAACUGGAUGUAUCUGAGCCAGGGACCCUGUCCUCAGUCCUUAAAUCUGAACCAAAGCCUCCCGUGGCAGUGGCUACAGCUUCCUCCCCCUUUACCAAAGUUGAGCGCACAUUUGUUCAUAUUGCUGAAAAGACCCACUUAAAUGUCAUGUCUUCUAGUGGCCAGCUGAUGAGGCAUGAGGAAUACUGCCCUCCGGGCCAGUUUGAGGAGGUCAUUAUCGAAGAAGAGCUGGAGGACAACCUGGUGCUGGUGGAGAAUGGAAGCAUACAUUCAGGGCUAGAAGGGGCAGAGACAGAGAGCUGUGCACUCUCAGCUAAUCACAUUGAAACCACCUCAGAGACAGUGGGGGAACAGCUGGCCCUUCCCAAUGGUGUAGCAAAGCCUCCCGAGGACAAGCUGGAGCUCUCCAACAAAGUGGCGCUCUCGCUGGAUUUGGAAGAGCCAGGCAAGAUGGUUGCAAGGGAGCCUGACCUUGAGAAGACAGCAUCAGUGGCAGAACACCUUAAGCGAGCAGACACUCUCCUCAACACACCACAGCAGGGCCCCAGGAGACCUCUGGGCUCCAGGUACAGAAGUCGGAUACCCAUUCUGUUCUCUGAAGAGGACACUGGCUCAGACCUUUCAACUUCACUCUCGGCCAAAGAGAGGCUUUAUAAGAGGGCAAAGCAACCUGACUUGGCUCGCCUAGUGAUGGAGAAGAGGCAAAACCGCCUCCUUCGGCUGACCUCAGGGGCCUCCUCCUCAGCAUCCUCCAGUGAUGAGAGGCGGCGAGCCUCAGAAACCCUGUCAGCCACUGGUUCUGAGGAGGACACCCAUGACUCUGAUGACUCCAUCCCAAGGAAGGUGGGGAAGGAGAAGGCUACCCUCCUGGGGAAAGAAGAGAGACCCAUAAGCACAAAGAGCAGAAUUCCUCGGCCCAUCACACCAGUGAAAACACUGCUAGAGGUGGCAAAGUCUGAGAGCUCCAUGGCCGUCACAGUGCUAUGUAGCUCCCCACAGGAUGCGGCUGUUGCCUACAGGCUUCAGGCACAGAGACCAGCUGGAAGUGUCCCAAAUGAGUGCCGAACAACGCAGAUACAAAGUCGGCUUCCUCCUUCACUGAACUCCACUUCUUUUCCUCCACGAAGCAGCUCAUGGAGGUCCAGCUGUGCAUCCCCUUGGAGCCCUGUCCUUCCUUCAAGAAACCCCAGUGCUUCCCCCAGAAGCCAGCUGCCCCCUCGGAGGGAAAGUCCUUCUCCCUGCCGACAGCAUAAGCCAGGGACUGCUCUUCAGCGAGUUCCUCCUUCCGCCCGACCUCAGCCCCCAGCUCAGGCCCUGGAGCCAACAGGAGAUUCCCUGCCCUCUCCUGGUGUGGCCAAAAAACGACAAAGAGGAAAAACCCAGACUCAGAGUCCGGCAACCAAAGGAAAGCAGGUGUCCCUGGAAAGUAAGGCAGCUGCCAGAUAAUGAUCUUUUUCUGCCAACCCAACAGACUGGGUAACUUCUGCAUAUAGUAUACACUUGAGAUGCUGCAGCACAGCCUUUCAUGCUGGACCCACGAGUCUAUAGCAGUAGCUGUACUUCAAUGCUUCACUCACUCUCACCCCACACUGUCGUGAUCAGCUCCCGCAGGCCUGAGAGCCUCUGAGCCACGGAGCCUUCUUCAAGGGAGACAUCCAGCCCGCAGCUCAUGCUUGCUAACGCAGAGCACUAGCAGUGACCCAGGCAGCCUGCCUAGUGCCUGACCCUCCUCCCUCCCCAGGCAUUCCCCUCUCUCUGUUAGCAAUACCAGUUGCCAACACUGACCCUGGCUUUGGAAAGAGGAGCAAAGGUGACAAGAGCAAGGCCUGCUGGAGGGGAAGGCUCCUGUCCUGCAGGCAGCUCCCUCCUCUCUCCUUGGUGGGAAAACACCAGCCAUGGCUACCACCAUCUACCUGAGUGUUGGCUCGACUCUUGCCACCUGUGUUAGCAAGGGAUUGCCACCAGCUUAGCAAAGAGGGAUGGGUGUGUCAUUGUGUGCUAAGAGCGGGGGCAGGGUGAAGGGGUCUCUCCUUUCCAGAGAUGCCUCUGCAAGCGGGAAUGGGAGGCAGGCAGGCCUUGCUGGAUGUCCUACAGAGGGAGCCAUCUGGCAUUGCUGCUCAGUGACACUGCUGCUCUUGCAGCAGAUGCCUGUGUGGUGGGUAUUUAGAUGGAAGUAAGGAUGUAUUGCUGGGAGAUCAAGAGUGCUUGCUAAUUGAUGUAGAAGGGAGCACACUGCAGCCGCUUCUGUCUCAAAUACCCAACUGUGAUCUGUGGAGACCACAUCUCCCAGCAUGGGUGGUUCCUCUCAGCCUGAGUGCAGUUGGUGCCACAGACCCAUACUCCACCAAACACAGCUCCAUCCUGAAGAUGUGAAUAGUCACUGGAUGCCUUUAGCUCGGGUGCCCCUUGCACCUAAAUUCCUUGUGCUUUAUUGUCACGCUCUUGGUGUUUGUGAAUUUUGACACUGUGGUUGAAAGGUCCCCUCCAUGGCAGGGUGAGAAAUUAUUAUCCUGUAGUAUACUCAAAAGCUGCUGCUUUGCAAGGAGAGGUUUGCUGGCAUGCCGUGGGUACCUUGUGCAUUUCUAUCUGAGAGUACAGUGGGUUGAGUUGUGGAGGUCGGGUCUUAGUGCUCAGCUCUUCCACAUGUUGUGUGAGAGAACUAACAAUGUGAAUGUACAAGCAAGGGCUGUGCUCUUCAGGUAAUGUUAUCAGAGCAGAAGCUUAGCACUCAGAUAGAACUGAAUCAACCAACUUUUUAGCCCCCAGACUAAUUAGGAAGGUUUGAAAAUGAAAGCCGGGAGGGCUGAUACCUGUCUGAGCUUGAUGAGAUCUUGAAGUAGUCACAAAAUUUUCCCCUCACCUCACAGGGGGAAACAUUCCAGACCCAAGUACUUCGGGCUUCACACCACUGUCAUGCUUUGUAUGAGGGAGAACAAAAAUACAGCUGCUCUGUACACCCAUUCCUGCAGCUGCAACUAGCUGCAAGUAUUUACUAUUUGCAGACAACAAAGCUUGACAGAGGAAUCUGGACAGUAAUAACCUCGAUUCAUUUGAACAUAGACACAAACAGUCACACUGAUGGCCAUCAAGUCCAAGGAAUCCUGAAGCUGUUCACAUCUAUAUAACCUGUUCUGGAGAGGAGCAUGAGAGCUGUGAGGGAGAACGGGCUACUCUGUAGAGAUCUGAACAGGGAAAUGUCUGGAAAUAGCUGACAGGAAUUACCUCUUCAUAUGACAGUCUCAGUGUUGCCAAUGCUAAGAAUUUAUUUCAUCUAUCUCUGUUAGCUGUUUUCCAUUGAUGUUCACCCUCGCAGAGUAAGAAGCAUAGCUUCUUGUCUAAAAACACGCCCUCAUCUUUGCAGAGAAGCACUGGAGACUCCAAGGUCAGGUUGUGGUUUGAUGGACUAAGCUGAUGUUGCCACCAAAAGCAGCGGUCCCUCCACCUUCCAGCUGCUUUGUUGCACUAUCCCACCCCCUUAAUGCUGGGGCAGCUAUUUGGUGAAGUGGCUGGAAAUGCUGAUCCAGCAUGACACCAAGCGCUCUGGUUUGGUUUUCAUCUGGUUCAGUUCAUCAAUCUGGGUCAGCAUUUGGUCACUCAACAGAAGUGCAGGAAGGAGAGGACAGAGAGUAUGACCACUUCUGGUGGCAUUAUAACUUCAUGUAUGUUUGAAGUUCGGGUCAAACUACAACCUAUAUAUGCCCUGCAUGUUCAGAAACUUGUAGUGUGUGGUGGCGUCAACAUGCUGGAGGGAAGGGAUGCCUUUCAGAGAGACCUUGACAGGUUUCUUUCCUGUGAGGUGGUGAGGCCCUGGCACAGGU